AUGGAUGUGAUGAAAUCUCUAAUACCACCUCCAAACCUUAGAUUGUUGACAAUCAACGGAUACAGCGUCUCUCAAUUCCCAACAUGGAUUAGACAGUCCCUUAACAAUCUUAGAGUUCUUACACUAAGUGAGUGUUUUAACUGCACCUUUUUGCCACCUUUAGGUAAGUUGCCAUUUCUUGAAAUUCUUUGGAUAAGGCUUAUGGAUGAAUUGAAACAUGUGGGAAAUGAAUUCUUGGGCUUGCCAGGAACCAUGGAAGUAUUUCCAAAGUUGAAGAAAUUGAGAUUUUCAUAUUGUUCAGAGUGGAAAGAAUGGACAAACUUAAAAUUAGAAGUUGGUAUUUCAAUAAUGCCUAGUCUUAAGGAGUUGGAAUUAAAUUGUUGUGAAAAGCUUAAGAGCCUUCCAUAUAGUUUCCUGCAAAGAGUGUCAUCACUAGAGUCUCUGAAGAUCAAGAUGUGCCCUUGUCUUGAACUUGAUUUGGCUGAGACAACUCAUAUUCAAAAUAUAGAAACUGAUAAUGGGAUGUGA